AAGAGCUGUCUCCAUGACAAUGUUGUCAUAGUGAUGUUGACAAGUGCUUAACACUUUGUUUUGGGUCAGUCGCUCACUUGGAGAAGCAGGAACACUGGUGCCUAGACGAGGAACUUCACAAGGCAAUGUCAAGGAAAGACCCUUGGGUUGGAACUUGGAGGCCCCACAAGCCAAGAGGGCCAAUAGCAGCCCUCUAUGGCAGCCCUGGACCUAAAUAUGCACUCUCUGGACUCACGGGUUCAUUUCAACAUGACCCCACUAAACCGAAAGCACCAAUGUUCUCCUUUGGUGGACGUCAUCAGGAAAUAAAGACGGACUGCUCCCCAGGUCCAGGAUAUUUGUACAUCCCCUCCAACAUCACCACGAACGGUCGAAAUGACAAGCCUGCAUUUUCAAUCCAAUGGCGCAAAAAGCAGCCAAAAUGGUCAGAAGUCCCUGGACCGGGCGAGUAUUGCCCAGAGAAAUCAGAAAAGAUGACUUUUCGCUCAGCACCUGCCUAUUCUCUGCACUCAAGGAGAAGAGACGUGGUGACUAGCCACACACCAGGUCCAGACACUUAUACUCUACCUCCUAUGGUGGGCUCCAAAACUGUGACUGGAACUUCUGCUCCCACCUACUCAAUUUGUGGCCGCAGGAAAACUGCAAGCUUACAUGAAGAACUAAAGCAGACCCCAGGCCCAGCUGCAUACAAAGUUGUGGACUCCUGUAUUUUCAAGCAGAAACCGCCACAGUACAGCAUAAAAGGUCGCACGUUUGUUCCUAAUGAUGCCACGGACAGACCAGGUCCAGGAGCACACUAUCCUGAACUGGUUACCUGCACAAGAACAAAAGCUCCAAGCUUCACCUUUGGAGUUCGGCAUUCAGAAUAUACCGCACCCCUGAUUGUACCAAACAAUGAACAAUAGCAUGCAGCUGUGUCAAUAAAGAGGACUAAAUAAAACUUG